AUGGCUCGUACGAAGCAAACAGCCCGCAAAUCGACCGGCGGCAAGGCUCCUCGGAAGCAACUCGCAACGAAGGCGGCUAGGAAAUCAGCUCCGGCAACAGGUGGAGUGAAGAAGCCACACAGAUUCAGGCCAGGAACAGUUGCAUUGAGAGAGAUCCGUAAGUACCAAAAGAGCACUGAGCUUCUUAUCCGAAAGCUUCCUUUCCAGCGUCUUGUUCGUGAAAUCGCUCAAGAUUUCAAGACAGAUCUGAGGUUUCAGAGCAGUGCCGUUUCGGCUCUCCAGGAGGCUGCUGAGUCUUACUUGGUUGGUCUGUUUGAAGACACAAACCUUUGCGCAAUUCAUGCUAAGAGAGUCACCAUCAUGCCUAAGGACAUUCAGCUUGCAAGAAGAAUCAGAGGCGAGAGGGCUUAG